AUGAUAACGAAGGCAGUAGAAGCUAGUGGAACAGUUACUAUUACAACUGUAACCCAGCAACUAUUUCGAACAAAGAUGGAUUUUAAUGAAUGUUUCAUUCAUCCAAAGUCAUUCUCUUUAGACCCUAACAUUUAUACAGAACUUGUAGAACAUUAUACAAACGAGGCUUUAUGUUUUCCUGUUAAAGUUAUGGAUUGGAUUCCUAUGGACGGUUCAUUCUCAAAGAAUACAGAUAGUUCAAGUGCAACAUUUACAGCAGCUUAUACGCCUAUUAAUGUUAAAAGUAUUUGGGCACUAUUUAGAAAGAAAGACAACUAUUAUGUUAAUUUUGAGAACCCUAAGUUUAAAUAUCUUCAGCUUUCCAUGGGAGCUUAUGGAAAUAUGCCUGCAGAACCUGAAAAAUCAUAUGGACCUGUAUUUUAUGAAAUGGUUGCGAACGCCUGCAAUACAAACAAUGAUAUGAUAGGAUUUAAUGAAGAUGUUAUGAGGUCAUUGGUGGAUGAUGGUAGUGUGGAACAUAAAUGGGAUAGCUAUGACAACACACAUUUCUUAUGUGGUUUUCCAACAGAA